GGUCUGUGGUCAGCAUGGACUCAAAGGUUCUAUUCCUGGAUUUGACUGUUGAUCGGGGUGCCUCUGUGCGUUCAUCGGUGAUAGUUCAAGACAGCAUGUGUGUGGAAGUGUACUUUGGUGAAACGCGCGUAGUGGUGCUUGAUGGUGUAAGUGUGCCUGCUCAGUUACAGGACUUGCGGCAACUAAGUGACAUCCUUCAUCAUGUUGAGUGUCUGCGCACUCCUCAUUCUUCCAACAAUUUUCAGUGGGCUCGUCAACUACUUGCGACUGUGAUGGCACUGUUGGAGGAGCUCAUAUGCAAUGAUCAGCAACAUAAGCUUCAUGGAUGGCCCCUGGAAAUUGUGAAGUUUAUAAAAUCCCAAGUGCAGCUCAUCCUUAAUAAUGCAGCGCGCUACCCGCCAGACCUGUUAGUAUUUGCAAGUCUCCUCUACACCAUUUCGCCGCAUGCAUACAGAUUCCUUAUAGGUUCACUGAAGGUAAAGUUGCCUCAUCCUGAAACAAUAAGACGUCUCUGCACCACUCAACAAAUAAGCCCAGCCAUGGAGCAGCAAGACUCUUAUUUUUUGUCAUAUGCUAAAAAGGUUGCUACUACAAUGAAAGAACAUGAAAAGAUAGUAACUUUAAUGAUGGAUGAAAUUCACAUUCAGUCAUACUUUGAUUUCAAAGCUGGGUCAAUAACAGGUGCAGCAGCCAACACUGCAAGCCCGGCUAAAACAGCAUAUGUCUUUAUGACCCAGAGUCUGCUUUCUAAUCACAAAGAUGUUGUGCAUAUUUUGCCAGUCGCUACAAUUGAUGCAAAAUGCUUGCAUGAUUUUUUGCGAAUGCUAGUUUUAAAGCUCGAGCAUAAUGGGUUUAAAGUGAUUGCUAUCAUCUCUGACAACAAUUCUAUCAACAGGAAAACAAUGUCGUUGUUUUCAAGCCCUCCAAGACUACAGAUAGUUUAUAAACAUCCAGCUGACCAAUCGCGACCUUUGUUUUUUGUCGUGGACCCUGUCCACUUAUUGAAAUGUAUCAGAAAUAACUGGUUAAAUCAGCGCAAUGCAGGAAGGUGCAUGUAUUUCCCAGAUCCAAAGAGUACAGAAGCCAAACCCAAGAUUUUAACCGCAUCGUUCAAGACUUUAUGUGAGCUGCAUGAGUCUGAACAAAGUGAGCUCUUGAAGAUGGCUCCGACAUUGUCAUUAAAGGCAUUAAAUCCUUCUAACAUGGAGAGACAAGAUGUAAAGUUGGCAUUGAGAAUCUUUAAUUCAUCAACUGUGGCAGCACUUCACAAUAGCAACCUUCAGCACGCUGACAGUACAGCUUUGUACAUAAACACGCUGCUAACAUGGUGGAAUAUUGUUAAUGUAAAGACACCACGAAAGGGCCAGAGGCUUUCAGAUGACCUGCAAAAGCCUAUAACCUCAACAUCUUGCCUCCAGUUACAGCAUUUGGAGAAAACAAUGCAGUGGCUAGACUACUGGGAAAGUUUGAAGCACGAUGCAGGACAUUUGACGAGGGAAACGCACUCAGCUUUCUGUCAUACAACUCACGCGCUCCACGAGAUUACUAUUUACUGCCUCAAAGAGCUUGGUAUGCAAUAUGUUUUGCUAGGCAAGUUUCAAACAGAUUGUCUCGAGGAUCGCUUUGGUCGUUACCGUCAGUUGUCUGGGGCCAACUAUCAUGUGUCAAUUAGACAGAUAUAUGAGUCUGAGACAAAGCUGCGGUUACAGAAAGUGCUCGAGCUGCCAGACGUUGACAUGGUGUGCGAUAUUCCUGUCAUUAGUGCCAGCUCACUGCUAAGCCAGUUUGACAUCACAGUUAAUGACAGUGAUAUUGAGAACAAAGUGACAAGGCUGCCCGCUGUGACAUAUGUUGCAGGUUACUGUGCUCACGCAGCUCUAAAGAAACUGUUGUGCCAAUCAUGCAAAGAAAACCUAGUAAUGGAUGUUGCAGAGAUAGACACUGCUAAAAAUGUCCUCAUUAUGAGCAUGACAAGGGGUGGGCUGAAGUUCCCACGUGAACUUGUUAUAAAUGCUGUGCUUACCAUGGAAAUAGUGCUCGAUAAGCUUAGGAGUCCACGCUUUGCAACUCAGUUCUUUGCUCUUCCUAAACAGAAAGAAGUGUUAGUGGCCCUUGUGUAUGACAUCCUCAGUGAUAAUGAUGACCUGGAUGUUUGUGUUGAUGGGCAUGCUCCUCAACAGGUCAUGCAUUACAUUUUAAGUGCAGCAGCAAACACCCUCCUAAACAACUUGUGCAAAACGGCUAACGACAAGAUGUCUGCCACAAAGGCAAAAACAUCAAAUGACAAGUUGCCUGCAACAAAGGCAAAGCGAAAACUUGAAACUGUUAAAAAUUGAAGUGUCCUUAUGCACUUUUGUUUCAACAGUAUUCUUUGUAAAUGAACUGCUUUUUAUUUAUCGUUGUCAAGUGAAAUGAUCUGCAUCCUACCAUUUGUGAGAAGGCUGCCAAUCUUGUCAAUCUUGUUCUUUCUGUUCUGUACGGAAAUUGUGCACAUAUGUGUUCCGCAUGCUUGAAGCAGCAAUUCGUGCCAAAGCAUAAAGUGCAUUUCCAGAAAAGUUACUACAGCAACUUCCAGACGCUGAGCCACACAUGCACUUUUAUGCUGACUGUUAUGCUGCAUAUAAUAAACAAAUAUUACUACUGAGCA